AUGCCGAGGGCCGUUAAUAGUCCCGACAAAGGCAGCAUUGCUCCCUCGACUCCUCAGGCUCUCACCCAGCGUCGGUUCGCGGAUGGCUAUGACAUGGCUUACAGAAUCAACACCGACGGACUCGGCAUCGUCUACAUUGGCCUCGUCAUUGCCUGGACAUGCCUCUUGCUGCCUGCUGCAAUCUUCCUCAUCCGUCAUCGGCGCCAACCUUACCUCCGUAUGCGAAACAUUCCACUGGCAGUCAGUGCUGUCGCAGUCCUCCAUGUGUACUGGGUCCUUUGCAUGAUCGCCUAUGUGCUCAAUGCGUACUUUCCCUGUGCUACCGAGUUCUGGAUCAUGAGCAUCUACCUGCCCUUGGGUAUCGCUCUCUUCCAAGCUACCAAUGCUCAACUGCUCUCGGUUGCCACUGCUCAGAAGAGAUACGUGGAAGGAGAUCUUCGCACUGGAACGAAGCCGACUUUCACCUCCAAGACACCAACCUGGCGGAAGUGGUGGGAGAAGGUCAAGACAUACAAUGCCACGAAAAAUACAAUGACUUGGAUCGCUAUUGGCAUGAGUGUUCAACUGCUAUUGACUCUCAUCAUCUUUCUGGCUUCCAGAAGAUUUCAUGCUGGUUUCGGCAUGACCGGUAAUGCCCAGACAGGGACGCCUGACCAGAUGAAAGAGUGUCGACGAGGAUGGGAAUGGUGGCCUUCGAUUGCAUGGCAGAUUUUCUGGUCAUGGAUCUAUGCGCCCGUGCUGCUCUGGAGGGUCCGAAGGAUCAAUGACGUUCACGGAUGGCGCAAACAAACUGUUGCUUGCGUUCUCGCCGGUUUGCCAGCUUCACCAAUGUGGUUAAUUGCAUUGUAUGCGCCCGGCAUGGCAAAGGCAGACUUCUAUUUUGUUCCCCCACUAUGGUUCUCGCCAUCCAUCGUGAUCAUGCAGGCGUCAGUGAUAUUUGUCCCGUUCUUUCAGAUCUUCAAACACCGACGACUCGCGACCGAGACUCGUGACAUUAUCGCAGAGUGGGAAGAGAAGCAGAAAUAUGGCUCCAUCACAACCAGUUCCACAAAGCUCGGACACCAAUCAAUCAAGAGUACCGUGAGCACACGACAAGGUGUCAUGUACACUAUGAGCGCCCUCGAGCGAGCCUUGAAACUGGACCCCACCGGGCUGCUCAUGUUUUCGGCUCUGAGAGAUUUCUCUGGCGAGAACAUCAGCUUUUUGAUCCAUGUUCGUGAUUGGAAAGCCAAUUGGGCAGCGACGAACGCGAAGUCGGCAACGCUGCGCAAGCAGGGACAAACCAAAGGCCAUGAACCAACACUGACGCGACGACAAUUCCAACAGGCAGUCGGGAUCUAUGCUUCGUUCGUAAGCCUCAAAUACUCGGAGUUCCCGAUCAACAUCUCUUCGGCGCAUUUGAGAGACCUUGCAGCUACCUUUGAACAAUACGCGGCCCUCGUCUGCGCCGAGCCAACCUCCAAUGCGGCUACGCCAUUCGACAACUACUACUCUUCUACCGUCUCAGAGGAUCUGGAAAGCCAGAGCGGCAAAGGUCCACUGUCAGUUGUGUCGACUGUAAUUGGCGAAGGUGGAAAGGACAACUGGAAGCGUGAUGCAAGCCAGUCGAUCCAGAUGCAACAGUACAAGAUGACCAAUUUCGGAGAGAGACUGCCUGCUAACAUCGGCAUCCCGGACUCUUUCGACGAGGCGAUCUUCGACAAGGCCGAGCUCAGCAUCAAAGAGUUGGUCUUGACAAACACUUGGGCCAAAUAUGUCAAGGCAGGGUUCGCGCAGAACAAGGUCAGAUCUGGCUUUGCGGCUCGUUUGCAGACGGCGGUCGACGCGUGGCGAGUAAGACUUCCGGCCCGACUUCCGAGAUUUGCUGGCAAAUCCAGGAAGUGA